AUGGAUUUACGACACCUCCCAACAGCUUAUAGUACAGUGCAUCCUCCGUGUCUAGGAUUAUGUGAUUCUUGUGGGCAUUUGCUUGUCGAUAACAAUAGUAUGGUAUUUGUUUGCGACCACAGUUAUCAUAAUAAUUGUUAUGGAGCAGAUACACUUACCAAGAAAGACCUUGAUAAUGAUGAUGACGAUAUAGAAAGUAAUGAAGAAGAAUCUGAGGAAAUAGAGAAGGUUGAUAUUUCACCUAGGUUGAUAAUGAAAAUGAAUCAAAUAGAGCAUUGGCAAC